GGUGACCCGGGAGCACCAAAAAGGAAAAGCCGUUUCGUUUCUGGCAGCAUUGCCACUUGAAGAAUAUUUACGGUCAUUUCUGCAUAUUGACCUGUCCUUGUGCUGCGGUCCCCUGAGCGCGUCCAUUCCCCCGGUGUUAUUUAUGAUGUCACCGCUAAAUCACGGCUUCCCAGCACCAGCUACAUGGGUUCAGUUUUAAUGUUGUGCCACUGAGCUUUUCAGGGGAGGCGGCCUCUUUCGCGGAGCCACUUCCGGGGUCUUCAUGCAGCCAUGGAUCUGGAUAAACCCUCCGUCUGGGGCUCCCUCAAACAGCGGACCAGGCCUUUGCUGCUCAACCUGAGCAAAAAGAAGGUGAAGAAGCACCCCGACAAACCCCCAGGCUUAGGGCAGCGGCGUCGCCUGGAUCGCCGCCUCAGCCUCUCGGUCCCUGACCUCCUGGAGGCCCAGGCCUUGGCCCCGGUGGGUGGGCCGUACUCCGGGGCCCAGUCGUCCUACACCUCCGUGCCCAGCAGCCUGUCCACGGCAGGGAUCGUCUCCAAGAGCUGCAGCAGCUCCUUGAAACAGUCGGAAGAAGAGCUGGACUGGAGCCAGGAAGAGGCGGGCCCCCUGCACGCGGCGGAUACGGACUCUGAGGAGACCUUCGCCUCGCCGGCCGCGGGCAGGAGGGCUUCCAGCAGUGGCCUCUUCGAUCUGCUCCAGGCGGCGCCCCUGGGAGAGGAUGCUUCGGAGGAUCCAGAGAAGCUGUGUGGAAGUGGCGAUCUCAAUGCGUCUACAACGUCCCAGCAGUUUGAAGAACAGUCUACCCCCGGGGAAGCCAGCGACGGCCUGAGCGGCCUGCCCAGCCCCUUCGCCUACCUCCUCACCAUCCACCUGAAGGAGGGCCGGAACCUGGUCGUCCGGGACCGCUGCGGCACCAGCGAUCCCUACGUGAAAUUUAAGCUGAACGGGAAGACGCUGUACAAAAGUAAAGUCAUAUAUAAGAACUUGAACCCGGUCUGGGAUGAGAUCGUUGUCUUGCCAAUACAGAGCCUUGAUCAGAAGCUCCGUGUGAAGGUAUAUGAUCGAGAUUUAACUACAUCUGAUUUCAUGGGCUCUGCGUUUGUCAUCCUCAGCGAACUUGAGCUGAACAGAACGACUGAACAUAUUUUAAAAUUGGAAGACCCAAACAGUUUAGAAGACGACAUGGGAGUGAUUGUGUUAAACCUGAACCUCGUCGUGAAACAGGGUGACUUUAAGAGACAUCGUUGGUCGAAUCGCAAGCGGAUAAGCGGAGGCAAGUCCUCGUUGAUCCGCAGCCUCCGGCUCUCAGAGGCCUUGAGGAAGAACCAGCUCUGGAACGGGAUCAUAAGCAUCGCGUUGCUGGAAGGAAAGAACGUCUCGGUGGGAAAUGUGGCAGAGAUGUUUGUCCUGCUAAAACUGGGGGAUCAGAGGUACAAAAGCAAGACACUGUGUAAGAGUGCACAUCCGCAGUGGCGGGAAGAGUUUGACUUUCACUACUUCUCUGACAGGAUGGGCAUCUUGGACAUUGAGGUCUGGGGAAAGGACGGCAAAAAGCACGAGGAGCGACUGGGCACAUGUAAAGUGGACAUCGCCUCGCUCCCACUCAAGCAAGCCAACUGCUUGGAGCUGCCCCUGGACAGCUGCCUGGGCGCCCUCCUGGUGCUGAUCACGCUGACGCCCUGCGGGGGGGUCUCCAUGUCCGACCUGUGUGUGUGCCCCUUGGCGGACCCCAGCGAGAGGAAGCAGAUCACCCAGCGCUAUUGUUUGCAGAACUCCCUGAAAGACAUGAAGGACAUCGGCAUUUUACAAGUGAAGGUUUUAAAGGCUGUGGACCUCUUAGCGGCUGACUUCUCAGGGAAGAGCGACCCUUUCUGCUUGUUGGAGUUGGGCAACGACCGGCUGCAGACACACACCAUCUACAAGACCCUCAACCCCGAGUGGAACAAAGUUUUCACGUUCCGUGUUAAAGACGUCCACGAUGCUUUGGAAGUGACAGUGUUUGAUGAGGACGGCGACAAACCCCCGGAUUUCCUUGGGAGAGUCUCCAUUCCCUUGCUGUCCAUUCGAGAUGGACAAACGAAUUGCUACGUAUUGAAGAAUAAAGAUUUAGAACAAGCUUUUAAAGGGGUCAUUUACUUGGAGAUGGAUCUCAUCUAUAAUCCGGUCAAAGCCAGUAUCAGGACCUUUACGCCCAGGGAAAAGCGCUUUGUGGAAGACAGCCGCAAGCUGUCCAAAAAGAUCUUAUCCAGAGAUGUGGACCGCGUGAAAAGGAUCUCCAUGGCGAUAUGGCACACACUCCAGUUCCUGAAAAGCUGCUUCCAGUGGGAGUCCACGCUGCGGAGCUCCAUCGCGUUUGUGGUGUUCCUGGUCACGGUGUGGAAUUUUGAGCUGUACAUGAUCCCCCUGGCGUUGCUGCUGCUCUUUGCCUACAAUUUCAUCGAACCCACGAAGGGGAAGGCGAGCAGUACCCACGACUCCCAGGAGAGCACGGAAGUCGAUGACGAGGAGGAUGAAGAUGACAAGGAAUCUGAGAAAAAGGGCAUCAUCGAAAGAAUCUACAUGGUACAGGAUAUCGUUUCCACAGUUCAGAACAUCUUGGAGGAAGUAGCUUCCUUUGGAGAAAGAAUUAAAAACACGUUUAACUGGACGGUGCCGUUCCUUUCGUUCCUGGCCUGUGUGGUGCUGGCGGUCGCCACCGUCACUUUAUACUUCGUCCCACUUCGGUACCUCGUGUUGAUCUGGGGCAUCAAUAAAUUUACUAAGAAGUUCCGAAAUCCCUAUGCCAUCGACAAUAACGAGCUACUAGACUUCCUCUCCAGGGUACCAUCUGAUGUUCAAAAGGUGCAGUACGCGGAGCUGAAGCCCUGCAGCAGCCAGAGCCCCCUUCGCAAGAAGCGCAGUGGGCUCUAGGACCCGCGCCGCCCGUGGCCGCCAGCACCCCGUUCUGGGUUUGGGCGAUGGGGCCCAGGGUAUGGCUCUCUCGGCGGGACCGCGGUCAGUGCCGUUCGGACACACGUGUCGUGUGGUGCCCUGCCUGUCGUCUCCCCCCUUCUUCAAGCGCACAGAUGCACACACGCACACGGGGACGUGCACACGCGUGGAGGUCCUAGCUGCACAGCGGCCAGCCCAGCAGGGGGAGGCGAUCCGGAGACUGAAAGACUCACAUCCCUUCUCCUAGAGGAGAGAAAGCAAGGCUGCCGCCGGACUGAACAGCCAGGAGACCCCUCGCAUCCGAGAGGGACUUUGAACUCGUGCUCACACCUCCAGCGGCCGGUUCCCGUGAGGAUUCCCUCAUUUUCGCUCCCCGCCCCCACGCUCCUUUCCCACGAUGGUUCCUGUGAGCCCGUUGUUGUUGGUUUUUUCCCCUUUGAGCUAGCAAGUCCUUGAUAGAUACCAUCUACCCAAGGAACGCAUCUUAUCAACAGACUAGAGGCCCGAUGCCUGAAAUCUGUGCAAGAGUAGGCCUUCCCAGCUGUGGCAGCUGCCGCGAUCCCUCCCUCACAGCCGAGGCGGCUACAGCCCCAGCUUGGUCUGGAAGGACGUCCGGAAGGACGUCCGGAAGGAUGUCCAGUCUAAUUAGCAUAUUAUGCUUUUGUUAUUAUAGAUUUUUCAGUAAUGACCAGGAUUAGCCCCGAUCCUUGGGGAAGGGUUCAGCCGUGAUUCCUGAAGAUCUGUAUGCCAAAUCUCAGUCAAGUCCCCGGCGCUGGGAGCCAUCCUGCCUCAGGGCCCAUUGCUGGCAAUGGGUGCCAGGAAGGUCGAAAGGGAACACUCGUCCCAAAAGUGAAGGGUUCCUGCAAGUAUUUGGGUGUCCUAAAGCACCAUUUCUUCCGAUUGUACUUGUGCUUAUUUCCAAACUAAAAUGUCCACGUGACGGCUUCAGGAAAGGGGAGGGACUGAAUGAAGGAAGGAAGGAAGGAAGGAAUGAACUCAAGAGUACUUAGGUCAAGGCCUGGGAGCAAGGGAUGAAUACAUGAGGCUGCUUACCCAAGGGCCAUCAUCACCUCAUUUGCUCGCAUUUUUUAGCAGAAAGUGAAGAUAUUUGAGCAGCCCCAGCUGAUCAUUUGUUCCUCGUAAGGGUACAGUAAGUUACCCGAGAUAAAAAUGUAUCUCUCAGCCCUUUUCCUAGAAAAGUACCACUUCCAUCAAGAGUCCCCGAUUCCUGCCGGCCCCGGCAUUUCACAGUAACCUCCCCCCGUAAAAGUUCCAACUUUGUGCACAUAUAUGAUCUGAAAAUUUCUUCUCAAGCGACAUGUAAGUUGUAAAGACUGUAUUUGUCCACACAUACUUUCUAUGUGCCGUUAUAUAUAUAUGUAUAUGUAAUAUAUAUAUUGUAAAGGAAAUUUGAGGGGGGAAAAGAUCAGAUUUAAUAGUGAGUUUUACUAUGGUGUUUCUCCCCCCCAUCCUCCCCCUCUGGGUUGUAAUUUAAUAAUCUUCAAACAAAAUGUUUAUGAAACAUGCCAAAGAUUCUAAACCUUAUCAUCCCCCGUGUCUGUUUUUCUUCGGAUUAGAUCUUCCCGGGUUUGCUUUCGGCCGAGCCAGAUUUCUGCAUGAUUUGAUUUACUUCACGUUAAUGACGCUGGCUGGCAAGGAGUCCUGCAGAAAUUAUAAAAGCUCCAGUAAAUCUCUUAGUUGUACAUACAAUAGACACCCAAGAACCUCUUUUGUGAAACCAGUUACUCAGCCUUCUGUGUAAACAAUGCCUCAUUGUCUCGCUCCCAGCUAUCAUCUCCUUUGUCCCCGUCUAUCAUUUCGUAAGGGCCCCAGUCAGGCGUUUUUAAACAGACAUGCGAGAUCGGAUCAGUCAUUGGAAGGAAAACGUUCCGCGGCAAAACAACCCCGUAUUUAUUUAAACGCGGAACCGAUGCUUUAUUGUUGUUCUCUUUCUAUAGAACUUCAAAAUGAAAUAACACUGCCUGACCAGAAGGCAUCGUCAGCUAGACCUGCUUCCUCUGCAGCCCCCCGACUGGAAUUCUCAGCGUCAAGUUGAGGCCACCACCCGCCACUGGGACGCUGGUCCAAAUCAACCCUUAAAAGCUGCCUGUGGAAAACAGUUGUUAAUCGAUUAAGUAGACACUGGACGCAAAAGCGGAAUGGGAGUUGUAAGGGCAAUGCGAGGGUUUCUGUACGUCACCAGGAAUUUGUGUGGGGCCGGCCUCUGAACCAGGAGGUCAGGGUUCAAUUCCCCGUCAGGGCACCUGCCCCGGUUGCAAGCUCCAUUCCCCAGUGUGGGGCGUGCAGGAGGCAGCCGAUCCAUGAUUCUCUCUCAUCGUCGAUGUCUCUCUCUCUCUCUCUCACCCUCUUCCACUCUUUGAAAUCAAUAAAAACAUAAGAAAGAAAAAAACAGGAAAGAGAACCAAUGAAAAUAAACACUUAAAAUUGUGUAAGAGCUGGGAGUCAUUUUCCACAAUAAACCAAAAAGAGACGGGUCCCACGCCAUCUUACUAUGUGUGAAAUUCAGUUUAGUCAAUCGUCAGCUUUUAAAGAUUUGUUUUUUUAUCAGUACUAACUGGUCACCUACUAAAGCAUUAAAAAGGCUUCUACGCUGUCUUUACAGGAGAAGAAAGGCACUUAUAACAGGAAGAGAAAUGGCUUCUUAGAAAGGGAAGGAGGUCCCAAUGGCUCAUGGGAACGAAAAUGACUUUUAGAGAAAGCAGGUGUGUCCUUAGAAUACAGAGAGGAUGGCUGCGAGGCAAUAUCUCUUUAGGUGCAAUGUCUUCUUGUUGUCUCAGGUGAUGACAGUCUGUCUUCCCAGGUUGCUGUUGGAGAGGGAAUUUGAACAAUUGAGUUCCUCUGGGAGGCUCUACUUUUAUCCAGAUAAAGGAAUUCGGGGUGGGGAGGGGAUUCCGCUAUCUGUUGAUCCUCAAAUGCUUUCGGCUCCAAAUAAUUUCAUGCCACAGUGGCAUAUUCUGGACUCCUUCCAUAAGCCCUGUCUGCAGACACACAUACAUGUUUGUAAAAUUACAUAACAUCUCUCAAAAUGGGUCCACGGACUCCAACUCAAAACCUGUGGGUUCAGGCAAAACAUUCAACGUUGCCUCUUGCUGCAUUUGAAACCUCAGGGUGAAGAAAGAACGUUUCCCGAAAGCCCAGUGUCAGUGGCCUGCGCCCUCCCAGAAUUCACUCAUUUAUUAUUUAAUCCAGCUUUUCUCUGGGAAAUAUUUUAUUAGGCCUGUCUUUCUAGCUGAGAAACCCUGAGGUUUCCAUUUCUCUCCCUGUUCCUUUAAUUCAUUAUGAUAAUACAUACAAGCCCUGCCUUUGCAUGUAUUGUUUUUACUAGAUCAAAACAAUGGUUGGGGAAAGUUAAAACACAUGAAAUCAUUUGUUGAACUGCAUAACAGAUAGCUCUAGCCUGACUGAUUUUGUAUGCAUCCAUCAGAUUUCGAUCUGGCAGUGGUAAUUUUGACCUACUUAAUGGUUAAGGCUUGCCUUGAAUUUGUUUUUAUUUUUUUGUAUUUUUACUCCCAAAAGGCCUGCAUAAGCCGAAGUGGUCCAGCC